CCUGGGACAUCUUUUGUAUUUAUUACAAGGCGGCAGGUUGGGGUUCGUGAUGUGUGGUGGGUGUGUGCAGGAGGAGUACCCGGACCGGGGCAACACUUGUUUGGAGACGGGAUCAUUUUUGCUCAACUACGUGAGCUGCGCUAAGUGCAAUAUGAGAGACUUUGUGCUCAUCGCCAAUAAAACAACUGAUGAGGAGGAUGGAGAAGAGAUUAUCACAUUCGAUCAUGUGUGUAAAAAUUGUCACCAUGUGAUUGCAAAGCACGAGUAUACCUUCAGUGUGGUGGACGAAUACCAGGAGUACACCAUGUUGUGUAUGCUGUGUGGGAGAGCAGAGGACUCCGUCAGCAUUCUGCCUGAUGACCCACGGCAGAUGGCUCCACUCUUCUAGCUAUAUUAUAACCUCUGAGUCUUUUUAUAUUUGUUUGCCUUAUGUAUAUUCUAUCAGCAUAAAAUGUGUUGUG